CCCGGCGCCGGCUUUCGGCGCGACCCACCCGGAGUUCCAUCCUCGUGCGGCCCUGGUGGCACCCGAGCCCGCAAUGUCGGGCCCCAACGGGGACCUGGGCACGCCGGUGGAGGCGGAUGCGGAAGGCGAGGACGACAGCUUCGGGGAAGCAGAAUAUGCCGCCAUCAACUCCAUGUUGGACCAAAUCAACUCGUGUCUGGACCACCUGGAGGAAAAGAACGACCACCUCCACGCCCGCCUCCAGGAGCUGCUCGAGUCCAACCGGCAGACGCGCCGAGAGUUCCAGCAGCAGCUUGGCGGCGCCGCCAGGGAUGCCGCCCACUAGGCUCCAGGAGAGCCCAGCCAGGCCUCCCGGCUCCAGUGCCUGAGUAGGCAGCUUCUCACGGGCUGGCCUGUGGGUCCCCGGGUGAGUUUGCCUGUCUGGGUCACCUUCACAGCGCUCCCAGGCCCUUGCCGCCCAGCCAGCGUCCCAUCUUGGAGCCAGGGCAUGGGCUUGCCACCCACUCACAUUGCCUGUCUGCCCACCUCCCGAGCACUCCCUGCUCCACCCAGGCCUUGAGUGUCCCCAUUAAACGGGUCUCUCCCACA